AUGACGAUGAGAAGUUGUAGCGGAUUUGCUGACCUGCGGUCUGGAAGUAUCGUCAUUUGCCACUAUGCUAUGGGCCUAUCCUUCGUCGCACUCAUCAUCCUUGGCAGUCGCCUGCACCAGGUGGACAAAGAGGCCAGCUUCCUCCAAGUCAUUCUCAACACAUGGUUUCGCGAAACUGUUCCACACCCAAUGACCAGCAACGCCCCCAUGCGGGGCUCCGGAACCAACGCUGCUGCUCAGAGGGGUCAGAAGCCACCCAUGCUUACAGAGCAUGCGCAGAGGACGCUGCUUGCAUUCAGAGAGGAUGUACGGUAUUUUCACCGAGAACUGGAUGCUUCCAGAAUGACGCUCAUUUUAAGCAUCGUUUUUGUUGGUAUCUUCAUCCUCAGUUGGUGGUGGAUGGCAUUCGCUAUCAAGCAGGCUAGGGCAGAUGGUGGCGUUUCUCUGAGAACAGUUUUACUUCUUGCUGUUUUCGCAGCAGUUGACGUCGCUGCAAGCACGGGUUUUAUCCUACUCAGAAUAAUAAUGUACAUUCGUAAAGAUCACGUAUUUCCUCAGGAAAUGCGAAAACCCAUUCCUUCGCUGGAAUUUGAUCAAUUAGCAGCUUAUGCCGCAUUGAGACUGUUUACGAUACAGUCCUGUUGUGGCAGCAUCGAUAUUCUGGUCAUCAUAGUUGUUGGAUUCUUAACAGGAUUAAGAGUGUACAGUGUUGUUUGUGUGUUUUCGUACUACAAAAAGGCUAAAAAUGGGAGUCUUGAUCUUUAUGAACACAAGCAAGUUACUGGCGAUUCUGAUACUUCUUCAAGAAUAGAGCGAUUAAAAAUUCUUGAUGACUACGGGCCAAAACCACUGAUGGGAAAAUACUCAAAGAGGACCGGGGCCGUUUAUGCUCGUCCAGAGAGGAGUCGAAUGGGGUCUGCUACGGCUUCAACCACCUAUGACGAAGAGCUUACAGAUCUUAAAAUUCAGGCAGCAGACAUGCCUAUGGAAAUGCAAAGAUCGGCUGUUUUCAGUGCCACUCAAGCCAUUAAACUUUACACGACAGAGAAACACAUAGCAGAGAGCAUAAAGCAAGACUUUGACCAAAUGUACCAUCCCACCUGGCACUGCAUAGUUGGGAGAAACUGGGGCAGCUGUGUCACGCAUUCGAAGCAGUGCUACAUCAGACUAGCCUACAAAGACUUGACAAUUUUGCUCUAUAGAUCAACGUGA